AUGACUCCACCUACAGUAUCCCGCACGUAUCUUUUGAACAGUUUUCUAAAUGCACUGACAGCUACAAAUUUAGAAACGUUAGAUAGACUCGAUGAAGAAGUUUUCACGUUCAUUGCAAAUCAAUUAAAUCUAAAAUGGCCAGUUCAACGUCAUUGGCUCAAAACGGUGUGGAAAAACAAUACUAGUAACAUAAAAACAGAAGCUACUGAAUUGUACAAUGCAUCCAAGCAAGACGCUGAAGAUGAUUCUGCACAACUCGCUUCACAUGCAUCAUCAACCUACAAAGAACGUCCAAAAUGCUGUGUUUGUAAUUCAAGAACGGUUUUAACGAAAAAAUCUCCUCUGCUCGAUUACGUGGAAACAAAUGUGCCUUCGUCGUCAAACAAUGAAAGUAUUAUGAUGGAUCACGAUUACUCCGCAACUCAAUUUACACCUAUUUCAAAUCGUCAACCGAGGCGCCCGAUAGCAAUAAAAUCUACAGUACGAAAAAUCAUCAGUUCAAUGUCGUUCUUUUCAAGCCCGAAAAGUCGUGAACAUGAAACUAGAAAUAUGGCUGUUGAAUCUCAUACUCAGCAGUCACUACAGUUAAUACCUUUAAUGAAUGCUAACUAUCCACAUUCAGAUGAAACUGAAUUGAUUCACAGUCACACCCCAGCUUCCAUCACAUUAACACCUACUUCAGUCACAACAAGUGGCGAACAUACCUUUCCUACGAACGAUAGUGUUGGUCUCAUUGAAACAGGCAGUGAAUUAUGCGGCAACCCAUCCUUCUCAAGUACACCGACACUACAAAGACGAUUUUCAAAAAGCAAAUUAAAAAUGGCGCCGCAAGUUUCGAAUAAAAAUACUGUCACCGAUGAUACACCAACACCACUCACAAGUUCGUCUGGUUUAGUUAUAUUUGAAUCUGCAUUCGACGAAUUAUGUGAUUGGUUAAUUGGUAUUUUAAACACUGGUACAAUUGUCUCGAUGAUGACUAUACAACAAAAAUAUUCACAAAUUUUAAAUCUUCGAAACAACAAAAUAACUGAUUCAAUCGUACGUCCAUUAUACAUUCGUAAACGUUUGGAAAAUCGAUUUUGUGAUUUGCUUCAUUUCGAAACACCUUCGGAUAAAAAAGGAACGUACGUUUCGUUGAACAGUUUAUCAGCGUAUAUUCGAUUAUCUAUUUCUAAAUCGAAAGAAACUCCAUAUUCUGUUUUGAAUCGUGAUAUGUCAAACGAAGGGACACGUGAUCGAAAAGAUUCAGAAACAUUAUUUGAUACGAUUCGUAUAUUAAGAAAUCAUAUUANUUUGGAAAAUCGAUUUUGUGAUUUGCUUCAUUUCGAAACACCUUCGGAUAAAAAAGGAACGUACGUUUCGUUGAACAGUUUAUCAGCGUAUAUUCGAUUAUCUAUUUCUAAAUCGAAAGAAACUCCAUAUUCUGUUUUGAAUCGUGAUAUGUCAAACGAAGGGACACGUGAUCGAAAAGAUUCAGAAACAUUAUUUGAUACGAUUCGUAUAUUAAGAAAUCAUAUUACAAUUGGUCAUCAAACAUUAAAAACAUUUAAUAGCAAAACUGAGAAAUUGGCUUCAUUCACAGCUGAUGAUUUUUGGGCGUGUGCACCGAUGUUGUUAAGAAACGUCUUUGGCUUAAUAACGUUAAACGAUGAUGACUUUCGAAAAGUACAACGUAAUUAUGAGUAUUAUAAUCUAUUUUCUUCCGAUAUGUUUGAAAAGUCAUCUAAAUGGCUGAAAAUUUCUUCAAUUAUUUUUGAUAUUAUGAACUGUAAAAAUGAUAAUUUUUUAUCUCCUAAACAUUACAUGUUGGCAAACGAACUUUUGCAACACGAACGUUCGGCUGAUCUGUUAUCAAUUUUCAAUCGUUAUGGGCAUACCUGUUCGUAUCAAACUAUAAUUAAAUUGCAUCAGGAGGUGGCGAAGAAAGAAGGCGAUAGUUAUUGUCUCCCAAGCACCGUACGUCCUGAUUGUUUCGCAAUCAAAUGUGCAGAUAAUUUUGAUAUUAAUCGAGAUACAAUUCAUGGUCAAAAUAGUAUUCAUAUCAUGAAUCAAAUCAUCAUUCAAAACCCUCAAAAUGUACUGAAUGUGACAGCUAAUACUAGUCAGAAUGUUAAUGCAAAUAUUUCUAUUAACGAAGGUUCAUUUACUAUGGAUCAAAGCAACGAAAGUAGUAACAAUCAAGAUAUCAAGGAUAGUUACAAUGGUAAAGAUCCAUUUUCGAAUAUAUUUGUUAUGCCAGGUGACUUCCAUAUUAUGAAAAAUUAUAUGAUUUUAAUUUGGCUUGUACUAGAUGGCAUCGGGAUAGAUGAUUUAUUUGGCCAUAUAUAUCAUGGUGCUACUCUUCGUUCGAUUCUAAAUGUGUCGCAUUUUAAUAAAUCAUUCAGAUGUGUAAAACUAUUAUAUACGUCAUUAUAUAUAUUGUUAAUCGAACAAUUUUAUAUUUCGUUAACAUUGUCAUCUGAUCCACCAACAAUGCAUGCAUUGAAGCAAAUACAAUCGAUUCUUUCUCAACCUCCGAAUCCAACUGUAGAAGGUUCAAAACUGUCAUGGUUUGAUUAUCUUGUCAUGACUUUGAAUUCAUUGAAUGUAAUGGAAUUAUUUAAAAAAUGGUGUACGGAUUAUUCAGCAAAAUCUAUUACCUUUCGUUUUUGGACAUUCAUUUUAUUUAAUUUACUUGAACCUAUUAUUAAAUUGUACUUAUCUAUCCGAACCGUAAAUUUCGAUUCACGUAAUGCAGCCAUUUCAUUGAUUGUACCAAUGUUCUUUGGACAAAAACGAAGAAAUUACGCCCCAUUAGGGGCAAGACACAUUGCAGAUUUGCAACAAGCGUCAAGUUAUUUGUUAAAUAAUCUAUCAACAUACGGAAAAGGACGCGGUGGUAUAACCGGUCAUUUUAACAUGGAUUUAAUUGACAAGUGGACUCAGUCAUUUGCUUUUAGAGCAUUACUUUCACAUGUAACGUCUGAAAUUUGCGGAUACGAAACAGCAACAAAUAAUCUCGAUAGCCAUAUUGAAUGUUCACCCAGUCGACUUGCUGUUGAUAUUACUGAUUUACAGCUAAUUUUAUCAAAAUUAAAACCACAAAAUUUAUUCCUCGGCGCAAGCAAUCAAGUUCGAACUUUAUUUACUGGUAAAAUAAUUCAUAGUGAUAUCAUCGAUAAUAUUUGUUCAUCGUACAAAAGAGGUUUCGAUUUAAUGAAAAGUUAUAUUGAAGAUCGUUUAUUAAUUUCAAAAGUCAAAAUUGAAGAUAAAAUUGAUUUUGGAAAAGUUCUGCGAUUAACUGAUUCUGAUAAAUACACAUGUAGUACAACAACUAGUAAAAAAGAAAAAUCGUUAACAUGUAAUCAAGUUGAAUCAUUCAUCAGACAAAUAUUUUUAAUUGCCCAAUCAAGGUCGAUAAAAUUAAAUACAAUAUUCAUGCAUGAAUUUACUCAUCAACCAUUUUCAUUAGCUAACAAGAAAGACCCAUCACUAUUAUAUCAAUCCAUAAAAGCCGUGCUUCAAAAAUUUCUUCAAGAAAAAUUUCAUUCUGCAUUUUUACCAGUUGAUGGCCAGAUACACGAUCCAACCAGCUCGGCGCUAGUAAUUGAUGGUGGUCAACUAUUACAACAAUCUCCACCACGCGAAUCGAAAAAACCAAUAAAAUAUUAUGCUUCGGAAUUAAUUAGUCGUUUUAUUAGAAUUCAAUUUAACCAUCAUAGCCGAAUUGAUAUUAUUUUUGAUUCACCUAAUAGCAAACAAUUGAAAAGAUUUAUUGAACGUCAUAGUAGUCAUUCAGUACAAUAUAAUAUGAAUGAGGAUUCUAUUUUACCGAUUGGAGAAGAAUNACUAUUACAACAAUCUCCACCACGCGAAUCGAAAAAACCAAUAAAAUAUUAUGCUUCGGAAUUAAUUAGUCGUUUUAUUAGAAUUCAAUUUAACCAUCAUAGCCGAAUUGAUAUUAUUUUUGAUUCAGCUAAUAGCAAACAAUUGAAAAGAUUUAUUGAACGUCAUAGUAGUCAUUCAGUACAAUAUAAUAUGAAUAAGGAUUCUAUUUUACCGAUUGGAGAAGAAUAUAACAAAUUAUUGCAAUCAAAUCGUGCUGUAGUAGCAAGAGCCGUACGUGAUUCAUGGUUAAAACUAUCUUCAAAAAUACCUGAAGAUAACUAUAUGUUAGUGGCUGGUCCAGACGAAAAAGUAUAUCUAUUAACUGCAAACAUGUGUGCUAUGGUGAAUGAAUUAACAUCGAAUCAUAUUGAAGCAGACACUCGUAUAUUUUUGCACGUAAAACACAUUUCAUCAUUCAAUAAUUUCGUACAAGUUGUUAUUCUAGCAAGUGAUACUGACAUCAUCGUUUUAGCUAUUGGAUUUGCAUCGGAAUAUAAAAUAAAAUUGUAUGUACAUUCAUCGCCUUCAAGAAAAAAAUUAGCCAAGUAUAUUGACUGUUCUUUGAUCGCACAAGAAUGUUGUGAUUACUACAAGUUUCAUCCUUUGAUUUUAAUAGCGCUACAUGCUUUAAGUGGAUGUGACACAACAUCAUUUAUUAGAAAUAUUAGCAAACAAAAGAUAUUUCGAACAUUUUUUGAAAAACCAUCAGAUUAUUUUGAUCUGUUCGAUUUGUACAAACUUCCCACCUCUAGCGAAUCUUUUGCAUCUGCUGAGCGUUUAUUAAUCAAGUGCAUGAAUUCAUCGUUAUCAUCAUUGGACGAGGUUCGUACAAAUCAAGCAAUCACGCAUUUAAGAUCAAAAUCAUCUGAAUUUUUUUUGAAUGCACUAUUGCCUACAACAAAUGCAUUUCAAUACCACUGCAAACGAGUAUCUGUGCAAUGCAAUAUUUGGUUCCAAUCUUUAUAUCAGAACAUCGAAUAUCCAUCACUUAUUGGUAAUGGUUAUGUUUUAGUGGAUGAUGAAAUUAAAGUUGAAUGGAAAUCCACUCCUUCUAUGCCAGAUACAAACAGUAUCGAUAGCGACGAGGAAGAUGAUAUUAACAAUGAACUGCAAAUGACCAACAAUAAUAAUUCGAUUUCUUCACAAGAUGUCUCAUCUGAAUAUGAAUGGUCUGAUGAUGAAGAUGAGGUAACUGAUGUAAGAUCAUAA